GGAAGGACAGUAUUUGCUUUUUCAUCAUUUGUAAACAUGUGCACUUCUCUUUUUUGUGCAACAAUUUCCUGACAGCCUUUUGCACUCUCGCUCUCUCUCCAUGGUAUAUACACAACCCAUUAUUUCUAGAAAAGCAUGUCAAGUAUGAAGAGUGGAGUUGUAGCUGUAACUUCUAAACAUCCAAGUUUUUGAAGUUCCAAUUCUUCCAGUUUUGACUCAUCAAUAGAAACAGUGCAAGGCAAUGGCCCCAACCAUUACAGUUUUGUUAGUUGUUUUUCUGUGCAACUACAUGGUUUUGGGUUCUGACCCGGAUCCGGUUCGAGACUUCUGCAUACCCAAAGGUAAAUUGGGAACCCGGUCUAUUUCAUGCAAGAAUUCAUCGGCCGUCACGGCAGAUGAUUUUGUAUUUCCUGGUAUAAAAUCCCCAGGAAAGUUCCAGAAAACCGGGUUUUCAUCCACUUCAGUGAACUCCACCGUGUUCCCUGGUUUGAACACCCUUGGCAUGUCAUUUGUGCGUGCUGACUUCGACAUCGGUGGUGUUAAUGUGCCACAUUUCCAUCCGAGAGCAACCGAAGUUGCAUUCGUGCUGGAGGGAAGGAUUUACUCUGGUUUUGUGGAUACCCAAAACAGAGUUUUUGCCAAAGUGAUUGAGAAAGGUGAGGUGAUGGUGUAUCCACGGGGUCUAGUGCACUUUCAAAUGAAUGUUGGGGACUCCCCGGCAACUAUACUGGGGAGUUUCAACAGUCAAAAUCCUGGGUCGCAGAAAAUUCCAGCUGCCAUUUUUGGAUCUGGGAUCAAAGAAGAGCUUCUGGAGAAAGCUUUUGGAUUGAAUCCCAGGGAGGUUGCAGAGUUGAGGAGAAGGUUUCGUCCCAAGGAUUGAGUUCAAUUAUGUUCACGGUGAUAGUCCUUUUUAUUAAAAAUGUUCAUUUUGAUAAUCUUCAGGAAGAAAUUGUGCAAUGGAAAGGCAAUAAGGCUGGGUCCUGGGAAGUUCGAUGGCAUUUUUUUGUUUCUUUUUCUUCCUCUUUUCUGUUGGAAAUAUGCAAAAUAAAUCUGUAUAGGGCCUUUGCUGUGCCCUGUUUCAUUUU